AUGGCCGGCCCAAGUACAGCCCACCAAGCCAACGGAUGGUACCCGCCGGUCAUCAGCCUCGGGAGCGACGAUCCUGUCCCGCCACAGCCCGCUCAAUGGACCGUCUCGCAAGCGCAGUCUAGCUACCGUGUCGACACCUCCGACCUGGGGAACCGAAGCAAGCUCCGGAAGGUCGAGCGGGCGUGCGACCACUGCCGGAAACGCAAGGCUAAGUGCGACGGCCCGCAGAGAAAGGACCACAUAUGCAGCUCCUGCGAGGCAAGCGCGAGAACGUGCAAGUAUCUAGACGAUUCGAAGCCACGGGGGAUACCGAAGGCCUACAUAGCCGCCCUUGAAGGACGUAUAGAUGUGGCGGAAAGUCUGCUUAGAAGACUUCGGCCCGAGCUGGAUCUUACCGCUGAACUCGGGCCGUCCCCUGUGCAAACAGUUAGGGAAAACGCAGGAUUCUCGCGCCCAUCGAGCUCUCAGAAAAAGCAAAAAGGCUCGGGGAUCCCGCUCCAGAUUGAGGAUGCCCACCCGCUCUGCCAAUUCACCACGCGCGGAGAGUCCGAGGACCCAGACGAGGUCGAAGUCGCCCUUUUCAAAGGGACGCGGCUCACCUCGCGCGGCCUCGAAUCCUCCUCCGCGCUGGCCCCGAACGAGCACCAACUCCGCUUCCAGGGCAAGAGCAGCUCCAUCAGCCUCAUUUCUACCACCAUGGAAAUCAUCGAGCGCGAGCUGGCCGCGAUGCGCAUCGCCGAUGGUAGCACCCAACCCGCUACGGCAUCCGCGCCCCCGAUGCCUCUGUUGUCGAAACUCGACCGCCCUGAGUUAUAUCGCUUGCUCCCGUGGGAAACUCGCCUCGGACGCAUUUAUGACAUCGCUGAUGUUCCGGACACCAUCCUGUCUGCCCUUCCUCCGGACGACUUGGCAGACGAGCUCAUCCGCUUGUUCUUCCUGCACGAACAUGUGACCUUUCCACUCCUCCAUCGACCGACAUUCGAGCGCCAGUGGCGCGAUAAACUGCAUCUGCGCAGCGUGUGGUUCGCCUGCGUAUGCAUGGCCGUCUUCGGACUCGCCAGCCGCUGGACUUCUUUUUUGGCGAGCGAUACGCAGUCCGCGCCCGAGGGGAGCGGCCCUGACGCACUCACGUCGCUGCCUGGAUGGCAAUACGUCUCUGUCACGAUCAUGGCAUCCGCAGCGAUCACGGAGAUGCAAAGCGGCCUGCUGGUCCUUCCGGAGCUCUGUGAGAUCCAGACGCUUGUGCUCCUGAGCCAAUACCUUCGCGGGACGGUCGCUGCGGACGCGGCCUGGUUCUGGCUGAGCGCAGGGUUGAUGAAGACGCAGGACAUGGGCCUGCACCGGCGGCAGACGUAUGGGCGCACACCGACGGUCGAGGACGAGCUCUGGAAGCGUGCGUACUGGCACCUCGUCGCGCUCGACCGCUUCGGGAGCAUGCUCCUCGGCAAGCCAUACUACGCCCGCGAGGAAGAUUUGGACCUCGAGUUGCCGCUCGAGGUGGACGACGAGUACUGGGAGGCCAGUGCGCCUGACGAUGCGUUUCACCAGGUCGGAGACAAGCCAUCGCUCAUCGCUGGCUUCGUUUGCUGGAUCAAGUUGAGCCAUAUUGCUGCCACUGCACUGAGAACACUGUACAGUCCGCGGAGGCCGCAAAGCGUAUUCGUUUCGCCGGACAUGCCAUGGAAAGAGGCAGUCGCAGAGCAACUGAACGGGAUGUUGCUCAAAUGGGUCGACGAGCUGCCCGCGCACCUACGAUGGAAACCCGACAUGGACGACACGCCGUCCGCCUCCCAGGCCGCCACUCUGUUCACAACGUACCACCUCUUGCAAGCACUGAUCCAGCGCCCAUUCCUCGCUAUCAAGUCACCGUUCCCGUCCACAGCUGCACAAAAGGCACGCGCACUCUAUCUGAACGCCUCCCGAGCCAGCGCGGAUAUCGCGCACGCACAGCUCCGCCGGGGUUCCGGCGACGUCGUCACAUUCCUGCACGUUCUGUCCUCUGCCAUCGGUAUCCUCCUCGUGCAGCUAUGGGACCUUAUCAGGGUGCAUGGCGAGAACGCAGGGGAGAAUGACGGGCGCGCUGCGGGAGAGCAGAUGUCGGCGCUGCUGGACGAGAUCAGCGGCCACCUCGAGCGACUGCAGGAACUCGCGCCGGGAUGGGAGCUCGCGCGGACGAUGCUGUGA